GUCAAACUUUUCCUUCUUACAUUAUACACAUCACCAAAUGGCAAUCUUUUCUCUAAUUCUAUACACUAUCCUUUUCUCUUUUCUUCUACAUUUCAUUCUCAGUUUAUUUUUCCGUAAACGUUAUCCAUUGCCACUACCACCAGGUCCAAAACCUUGGCCUAUAAUCGGAAACAUAGUCCAUCUAGGUCCCAAGCCGCACCAAUCAACUGCAGCCAUGGCUCGAACUUACGGACCACUCAUGCACCUUAAGAUGGGUUUUGUGGACGUGGUGGUUGCAGCUUCGGGUUCAGUGGCGGCUCAGUUCUUGAAAACUCAUGACGCUAACUUCUCGAGCCGCCCACCGAACUCUGGCGCGAAGCACUUGGCUUAUAAUUACCAUGAUCUUGUUUUUGCACCUUAUGGACCUAGGUGGCGUAUGCUCAGGAAAAUUUGUUCUGUUCAUCUUUUUUCUGCUAAGGCUUUAGAUGAUUUCCGCCAUGUUCGCCAGGAUGAAGUGAGAACACUUACGCGCGCCCUAGCAAGUGCUGGCCAAACGCCAGUCAAAUUAGGCCAAUUAUUGAACGUGUGCGCCACAAAUGCCCUUGCGCGCGUGAUGCUAGGUAAGCGAGUAUUCGCCGACGGCACUAGCGGUAUUGAUCCACAAGCCGAGGAAUUCAAGUCAAUGUGUGUGGAAAUGAUGGUACUCGCCGGCGUUUUCAACAUCGGCGAUUUUAUUCCGGCACUUGAUUGUUUAGACAUUCAAGGUGUAGCUGCAAAGAUGAAGAAACUCCACGCGCGUUUCGACGCGUUCUUAACAUCAAUACUUGAAGAGCAUAAGGGAAAGAGAUUUGGAGAAACGAAGAAGGAACAAGGGGAUUUGUUGAGUACGUUGAUCUCUUUGAAAAAUGAAGAUGAUGAUAAUGGAGGAAAGCUUACUGAUACGGAAAUUAAAGCUUUACUUUUGAACUUGUUUGUAGCUGGCACAGACACUUCCUCUAGCACAGUGGAAUGGGCCAUUGCAGAGCUUAUUCGUAACCCAAGAAUACUGGCCCAAGCCCAACAAGAGAUCGACAAAGUAGUUGGAAAGAAUCGGCUCGUUAUGGAAUCUGACCUGGCCCAAUUGACAUAUUUGGAAGCCAUAGUUAAGGAAACCUUUAGGCUUCAUCCAUCAACUCCUCUCUCCCUUCCUAGAAUUGCAUCCGAGAGCUGUGAGAUCAACGGUUACUUCAUUCCAAAGGGCUCAACGCUGCUUGUCAACGUUUGGGCCAUUGCUCGUGAUCCAAAUGAAUGGGCUGAUCCACUUGAGUUUAGGCCUGAAAGGUUCUUGCCUGGAGGUGAGAAGCCCAAAGUUGAUGUGAAAGGAAAUGACUUUGAAGUAAUUCCAUUUGGUGCUGGGCGUAGAAUAUGUGCUGGAAUGAGUUUGGGUAUACGAAUGGUCCAGUUGAUGACUGCAACUUUAAUUCAUUCAUUUAACUGGAAUUUGCCCAGUGGACAAUUGCCAGAGAAACUAAACAUGGAGGAAGCAUUUGGGCUGACCUUACAACGGGCUGAUCCGUUAACGGUGCACCCAAGUCCUCGCUUAGAAGCCCAAGUAUACGGCAUGUGAACAGGCCAAUUGCAGAUAACAUGUGGGCUGAAUGUAUGAUUAGUCGGGCUUUUAACACAUCUGGCCACUCAGCCGAAAAUAAUUACAGCCGCUAGCCUAUAUACAUAAGCUAUCUGCUUAAUAUACAAAAAUAUGCAUUUGUUGCGUAUUAUUUUGGUGAGAGGCUAUAUAGUGUAAAAAUCCCUAAUUAUCCUCCAUAUCCUUUCUAUUUCAUUUAAGCUUCUAGUUUAGUAACUAGUUUGUACUGAAAGAUAAACCUUUGUCAGAAUGAAUAUGCUGUUAUGUGUUU